GUUGCACCUUCCCGAAGUGUAAUAUAUCAGCAUGGCGUCGAGGGCCCUGGUCGCGCAUAUGCCACGGCGCGGCAUUCUUUCAAGACGUCGGAUGGCUGGAAAGUGCUAAUGGUUGUGGCAGUUUGCGUCCUUUGAUUUCGUGGAUCAUCCCGCGCACCUGCAUCCCACAAACGGGCAAAUCGUGCACUCCACAGUGGUGAUGGUUUUGGUGAUGAUUCUCGUCCCCGCUUUCCUUCCUCUACACAUCACGACGUCCAUUAUCCAUGCCUUCUUCCUUCUCCUCUCCGUUCUCCUCGUUCUCCUCGUCCUCUUCUGCAGACUGUUUGGCUCCAGCAGGGCCUUCGCAAUCUGAAGCACACCCGCACAUUCUGCGUACAUCCUACAACUUCUGGUCGGAUCACCUGUCCCGCAGAUGGUCCGUCUCUUAUUGAUUGCCAGUCUUGUCGGGGCGCGCGGGGCCGCUGGCCUGGGUGCGGCCCCCGCCGAUUCCAGCAUGAUACAGUGUGGAACAGCGGUGGACAAGAGCAACACCUCGCAGCAGACAACGGCGGCGACCUAUUACAUAAUUGCUGGCGGAAAUUGCCCCGUCUCCGGGAGGAUUUGGGACACGGCGGAGUGCGAGAGCGCUGUUGCAUCGCUGGGUAUUACUGCGUCUCCGAGGACAGAGGGGACAACGGGUACGUGGGAUUGGACGCCGCCAGGAUGCUGGAUACGAUUUGGUGGAACUCAAUGGGCCGUCACGAUCACCAACGCGUCUGCCAACAAUGGCCAGUACAGAGCGAUCUGCCGUGAACCGACGCCGGCACCGACUGCGGCACCAACACCAGCAUUACUCCCCUGAAUGUGGAUUCGAAUCCUUCUUCGCGCUUUACUUAUCUUUGCAUAGAUUGCCUCCCCCCCUGGGGUUCGAGCCCUAAGCUGUUUUGCGUAUAUUCCUAUACCUAUACGACCACCCUUCGGGUGAUAAGGAGGUUGUGGGGGGGGAGAGGGGGGGAAUCAACAUCUGAC